ACUGGAAUCCAAGCUAAUCCAUUAAUGGCGCUGCCCUCUCGGUAAACAAUCGCGUUUCCCAAAGCUGUAUUCUUCUGUUUCGCGCGUUAAUAUUUGUGAACUCGCGUAACUGGGCGCGAUUUAGUUUCUGAGUGCGUAGACAUGGCCCACAUCACGAUGAACCAGUAUCUUCAGCAGGUCGACGAAGCUUUGCAGCAGGGAAGGGGCAAGAAGGCUGCGGAGUUGUUGUCGUGCAAGCAUGCACACAGCGCAAGCUCUCGGCUACAGGUGGAAGACCCCGAUGGCGCAGUGCAACGCGUCAUGGACGCCCCAUGGGACGAAGUGGUCUGUCAACACCUAAGGUGCUUGUAUCACAUGAACAACUACAACUUUGUGGAAGCCUACAAGGAGCAAGCAAUCCUGGUUCAAUAUCCUUUGCACUAUGAAUUCGGUGCGCUUUUCACCAAGAUCUUCCAAUCGCUGAAGGAAGAGAACUGGGCCCUGCCCAUCAUGUACACAGUCUGCCUGGACCUCCGGUUAUUCGCCUCUCAGGCUGACAUGCAGCUGUCCAAAAAGAGCAAAGGCAAACCUGGCGAGACGUUGGAAAAAGCAGCAGAAUAUCUCAUGGGCUGCUUCAGAGUCUGUGCCAGUGACAACCGGUCGUCCUUGGAGAACUCUAAACGGCAAGGCAUGCUCAACUUAGUCAACCAGCUUUUCAAGAUCUACUUUAAGAUCAACAAGCUCCACCUGUGCAAGCCGUUGAUCCGGGCCAUCGAGAGUUCAGCACUCAAGGACCACUUCACCAUUUCCCAACUGGUCACUUACAGGUACUACGUAGGGCAGAAAGCUAUGUUUGACAGUGACUUCAAGAAUGCUGAGGAGUACCUGACCUUUGCCUUCCUGCGAUGUGACAAGGACUCUGUGCACAAUAAACGACUCAUCCUCACAUACCUCAUCCCUGUCAAGAUGCUCCUGGGUCACAUGCCAAGCGAGGCCCUGCUACGCAAGUACGACCUGAUGCAGUUUGCGGAGGUGGUGUCUGCCGUUACGGAGGGCAACCUGAUGCGCUUGGACAAAGCGCUGGCAGCCAACGAGGACUUCUUCAUAAAGAACGGCAUCUACCUCAUCCUGGAGAGGCUCAAGGUUAUCACGUACCGUAACCUCUUCAAGAAAGUCUACCUGCUGCUGAAGACGCACCAGAUUCCCAUGGAUGCAUUCCUGGUGGCCCUGAAGUUCAUGAAGGUGGACGACGUGGACAGGGAAGAACUGCAUUGCAUCAUUGCCAAUCUCAUCUACGAGGGCAAGAUAAAGGGCUACAUCUCACUGCAGCACCAGAAACUGGUCGUCAGCAAGCAGAGCGCGUUCCCUCGUCUGUCAACCCUCAGCUAGCAGCAGAGGCGCGAAAACAUCAUGCCUUUGUGUCCACAGUGACGCUUGUAAAUAAAGUACAUUUCAACGUCAUCAAAA